GUACAUAAAUACAUCAUCAGGAAAAACGAAACCAGUGUGUCGAGAACUAAAUUAGAUACAACAUGUCUUUAAAAACAUUACCCGUUUUGUUUUUGUGUUUCGUUGUUUCGUAUGCUUUGAAGAUUGAUAAAACACCGUGGGAAUGCCCCAAAAAUGAACAUUACAUCGAAUGUGCUCUGGAAGUAUGCUGGAAGAAUUGCAAGGAUCUGAAAAAUCCUCCGCCAUGUCCUUCUAUAGCCGCUGGUUGCUACGACCCUGCAUGUGUGUGUGACCCUGACUAUAUGAGAAAUGAUGAGGGUGUGUGUGUACCCACUGAUCAAUGCUCAUAAAACCACGACAGCGAAUAAACCUGGGCCCCGGAGUAACAAUGUGCAAGCAAUGUUUUGGAAUUUUCAUAUUUUUUAUAAAUAAAUACUAUUAGAAAAA